UUUUUUUUUUUUUUUUUUUUUUUUAGCAAAUAAUGUGUACGCAGUUGCGUACUUGCGUAUAGGCAGCUACGCGCCUGCAUACAGAGAAAGAUGUUUUACAACAGUGAAUUGCGUACAUAUAUUGACAACGAGAAAACAACAUGUGUAUCAAACAACAUGUGUAUCUUAAUGUACACGUUGACUUUCUAUUCCAUAGAAGGCUGAAAACAGUGCUGCGAUGUAAAUUUAGAGAGAGAAAAAAAAUAGUUCCGACAUAUGGUUGUCAAGGGGGUGUAACUUGCGUUCCUCAAUUGGAAUUUGACCAAUCAGAGACAAGGAUACAAUAAGAAUUAAAAUAUUUGAAUAUAACAAGAACAAAAUGGUCCUAAGGAACUCCAGAAUUUGUAGUUCUAGAGGAAGAAGUAAAUCCAUCUACGACAACUUUAUGAGAUUAAAUUUUUGUUCCUAAAUUCAUUUGUACGCAACAAUUCAAAACACUCGUAUAAAAACUACUUCCUCUAUGUAAUAUUAUUUUUAUCACGAGUAUAUAGUCUUGCCUAGAUGGUCGAGCGGUCUAGGGGAUGGUCUAGGGCGCUGGUUACAUGCUGCUAGGAGAUUCGGUUCCGCAGGUCUUCAACCACGAGUAGGGGGCGAAAGUGGGUAUCCAAAUAAAGUGAAAUUUUCUGCAUGUGCUUUAUAUUAAAUAUUUCUUCACUUAAGGCAGCUAUGAUCAUUUAAGAGUUCAUUGCUAUUUCUGCACAUGUGCUUUGGGAAUAGUAUUUUGAAAACACACACACAGUUAUCUCCACUGCUCAUUUGACAUUAAUUGCCCGAGCUGUGUAAGGAAUUAAUGUUACACAUACAUGUAGCACUACAUACGCCCGCUCAUUAUUACAUUACACAUCGUGUUGUUUAGUGUCGGCCAGCAGACCGGUAGACGCCCUUAUCGGAAAUUCCCGUGAUAUUUAAAUCCGUGAUGUUCGACCACCGUUUGACACCUUUCUGACAUUUAAUGGAAUUGCCCAUGUGCAUCUCUCUCUCCCUCUCUCUCUCUUUCUCUCUCCCUCUCUGUAUAAUACUGGAAUAUGAUCGAUCAAUUAGCUGUUCAAACAUCUACAACACAACAUGUUACUUGAAUCAAUGGCGAUGCAUUCACAUAUAUAACGUAUGUUUCAAGGAAACACACGUGCAUGCAAUUUUCUUUUGCAUGACCCGGGAUUACAUACAUGUUUUGUAUUAUCUUGUCAAUACAUGCAUGUGGCAUUUGUCAUCAAUGAUAUAAAAACAGAAUGGGAUAUUCCCAGUGAUUACUCCGCGGUGUCAGAACCGUGAUUUUAUCUCUAACCACGGAAGAAGUGCGCUUGUUAAUCACCCACACCCACGCCACACUUUAUCCUCGCUCACUGCAUUAUUGGCAGCGUACGGACAAUGGCAGGAUUCGGAAACGCCCCAGCGGCGACUAAAGUCGCAACUUUGCUAAUCGGAGUAGGAUUUCUGCUCUUCGUAGUGGGAUUUGGUGCUCCAUAUUGGGAAAAAUUUUUAUUUGGGGGACAUGGUGGAUUAUGGCAGAGAUGUGGUAUUGUGCUUGGACUCGGGGAAUGUACUUACUACACAGAUCUGGACCAAGUGGGGAAGGACACGUAUCUCCCAGAUUGGUUUGAGUCCGUGAGGGUGUUCGAAGCGAUCGGUCUGGUAGCCGCGCUUGUUGGCCUUCUAUUCCUCGUUCUGUACACGUGUGUUUCGAAGACUGCUGGAAAUAAGAUUGUCGCCCUUCUCACCGCCAUACUUACUUUGGGAACAGGUGGUGUUAUCUUACUGGGCGUCAUCAUUUUUGGAUCAAACAAAGACAUAGACUUUUUAGAUUGGGCCUUUGCACUCGUCACUGUUGGUGGUUGUCUUUACGUCAUUUCCGGAAUAUUGCUCUUUGUUAGCAUGUGCUCCAAAUAACGGACGAUACAUUUGUACAUUUUACUUGCUUAUUUUCGUAUUUUCCUUUUUUUACAUUGGGUGUAUAUAAUCACUGGUGGCGCUUUAUUGUAUGUAGCAAUUACUUAAGCACCAUUAUUUUUCAAAGAUUUUGUAUAAUACUUUUGUACUUAAAUAUAUUGAGGACUUGA